CAGGAGUCGACCGUUUUGGUAAGACCCUCGACUCAAAAGUCGCAGUUCGACGCUGGUGAGUGCGCGACUUUCGUGUUUCUCUGAAAUUGUGAUGGCGAACCCGGACGGAGCCGCUGAGAAGAAACGCGUCUUCAGGGGGAAUUUGAUCCAUGCCACCCACGAAGAAGCAGUCAAGGUCCUGGAAGAUGCACUCUUAGGAGUUGAUGCCGACGGGAAGAUCGCCUUUAUUGGUGAAAGCAAAGAGCUGGAUCGACUCUCAAAAGAAUUUGCAUUCAGUCCAUCCUCAGUAAUUCAGUUGGAAAAACAUGAAUUCCUCAUGCCCGGAAUGGUGGACACCCACAUCCAUGCCCCUCAAUACAGCUACAUUGGCACGGCUCUGGACAUGCCCCUGCUUGACUGGCUCAACACUUACACGUUUCCAGUCGAAUCACGCUUCAAAGACCAGAAUUUUGCACGGGAGGUCUACACUCAAGUCGUGAAAAGAACUUUGAGAAAUGGGACAACCACCGCUUGUUACUUUGCCACAAUACAUACUGACUCCACUCUCUUGCUGGGUCACAUUGCAGACAAGUUGGGACAGCGAGCCUUGGUGGGCAAGGUGUGUAUGGACCAGAACGAAUCAGUGAAACAUUACAAAGAGACCAGUCAAGAGUCCCUGGAGGAAACGCGUCGGUUCAUUGCUGAGCUCUUGGAGAAGAAGUAUGCUCUGGUGAAGCCCGUGGUAACACCUCGCUUUGUCCUGUCAUGCUCGAGCACCUUGUUGGGACAACUGGGACAGCUCGCGAAGAAUAGCAACCUGCAUAUUCAGAGCCAUAUCAGUGAAAAUGUCGACGAGGUGAAGAUUGUCAAGGAGAUGUUUCCUGAUUCCGAUUCCUACACGGAUGUCUACCACAAACACAACCUGAUGACCGACAAGACAGUGAUGGCGCACGGCUGCUAUCUGAGUGAUGAAGAGUUGGCCUUGUUUCGAGAGACAGGCGCCUCUUUGUCUCACUGUCCAAACUCCAACAUCUCGUUGUGCAGCGGACUCCUCGAUGUCCGUAACGUGCUGAACCACAAAGUGAAACUUGGCCUCGGAACAGACGUGGCGGGCGGCUACUCGGCCUCGAUGCUGGAUGCUGUGCGGAAAACCUUGGACACGUCCAAAAUACUGACCAUACAGAACCCGCAACAUGUGAGGCUCACCUUUGAGGAAGUGUUCCGCUUGGCCACACUCGGAGGCAGCCAAGCUCUGUCCAUGGAUUCCCAAAUUGGAAACUUUGAAGUGGGCAAAGACUUUGACGCCUUGAGAGUGAACGUAGCCGUUCCUGGGGGGCCCAUUGACUUGAUCCAGCAGGACAAACCAAAGAUUAUUCUGGAAAAGUUUUUGAAUAUGGGUGACGACAGAAAUAUCGUGGAGGUUUAUGUGGCUGGAAGAAAAGUAGUCCCAUCCUCCGAGAACCUCCUCGACGAAACCUCGCAUCAGUUGGAUUAAAUUGCUCGAAAUGUUGCUUCCCUCUAAUAAUUGAUAUUAGAAGUGAGUCACGUUAGGGCUGUCAUUUGAUUAUUUGUAGUGACCAAAUUUUUUAUUCAUUUACAAGGGAAAUUUUUACAACUUCCACACACCAGUUUGGCAAGUAAAAAAGAUUGCAAUAUAUCAGCAACUCUGCAUUUAACUGCAUGUUUUGUUUUGUUUUUUUCCUUUAAAUUAGCCCACAGUAUGGCUAAUUUUGCUAGUGCUUGUGCUAAUUAAAAAAAAAGCACUCUGUGCCUUGCCAUUUACUACAAUAUGUGUGGUUGUAACCUUAAAUUUAGGUUUCAAAAAACCUCUUCAUUCCCCCCCUCUUUUUUUUUUACAUUUGUGUGGCCUGAAAUAUGGCAUAAAACCUAUGCAACAAUUUUAUGAAUAUACUCCUGUCAUAGCUGUACCUGGUGUGCUUUAAAAGUCACUGUGUUUUGGUUUCAGAUUGCACAGGCACGUGAUCUUUUUUUUUAUUAUAUUCCAUUUUUUAAUAUUCCUGAGUUGUUGCAAGAAAAAUCUGUCAUCUGUCACUGUCAAAGAAUGUACACUUUUGUAAACCUUAUUUUCAAAGCAAAUCUAGUGCAACUAAUAGAUUGCAUUUGAAGUGUGUAUUCUGCUCGUAUUCAGUCAUGCUGUAUAACUUUCCCAGGCCUGCAGCAUAGCUUGGCAUCCUUGAGUAAUCAUCACUUAAAAUUGGAACACCCUGCCUACUGGAGACGCACAAACAUUGGAAUGCACCAGUUGAUACACGCUAAGAAACGGUUUAGUAGAAAUGAAAGUUAUGAUGAAAGAUUUUACUGAUGUCAAAUAUGUGCCUUGGCUCAAUAAAGGUUGUGAAAAAUGU